AUGUUCCUCCGUUGCUGCUGUAGUGGCGGCGGCAGCCGCUGGCUGCUGCGUCUCCUAUUCGUGCUGGGUGUUUCGGCCCUAGCCGGGGCGGCCGCGUCGUGCUCUUCUUCCUCGCCACUCAGCGAGGAUUCGGUGCAGGGGCUGGUCCGGCUCGCUGCCGUGGUGAUCGAGGGCAAGGUGCUGGCGCACAGCGUGGCCGAACUAACGGCUGGCCGGAUAGGAGAAGGAGAAGGAGAAGGAGAAGAAGAAGCAACGACGUCGCUGGUGUCACCGCCGCUGUUGAGGCUGUCCGUGCAACCUGCCGCCGCCGCCACCACCACCAUCAUCCCCGCUUUCACCUCCAGCUCCUCCUCCUCUUCCUCGUCCUCCUCCUCGGGAACGAUCCUCCCCUCCUCGCCGGCUCCCAGCCCCCCGCUCCCGCACCUCGGCAGCCCGAGCCCGGCGCCCGCCUCCGCCGUAGCUCGAGUGCGCGUGCACCAGGUGUGGCCGGCCAAAAGCGGCGGGCUGCGGAAGGACGCGCUGCUUUGGCUGCUGCUCGGAGAGCGGGGCUCCGCUUGCGGGAGCGCCUUGAAGGAAGAGAGGCGCUACAUCUUCUUCAUGGAGCCCCUGGGAGCUGCGAGCGGGAACAGCAGUGAGCCGCCGCCGCCGCCGCCGCCGCUGCUCUUCCGAGCGUCUUCCCCGCCCCUGGAGACGGGCAGGAAUCUGAAGAAGGAGGUCAGCAGGGCGCUGUGUACCCGGGGAUGUGCUGUGCCUCCUAAAUUGAAGGAGAUGAAAAGUCAAGAAUCUGCUGUGGGUCAGACAUUAGUUCUCAGAUGUGAAGCCAGUUCUGAGCACCUCUCUCUCAAAUUCAAAUGGUUAAAGAAUGGACAAGAAAUAACAAAAAGAAACAGACCAGAAAAUAUCAAGAUUAAGAGCCCAAAAAAACAAAAAACAUUCUCAGAACUCCGCAUUACUAAAGCUUCGUUGGAUGACGCUGGGGAAUAUACAUGUAAAGCAAGCAACAGAUUUGGAGAUGACACUACUAAAGCUCAAAUCACUGUUACAGACACCAGUG